GGUGUGCAGGCAGGCAGGGGACCCGACGGUGUAAUGUGGUCCGGGGGAGGGUUUAUCUAUCGACUAAGAUACCAAACGAGCCCUUUGGACUUUAAAGAGUUGUUAUGAAUGCGGUCGGACAGGCGAGGGUGACGGCGGUGUGACUUCAGGAGACGUCUUCACAGGAGAAGUUGUGCGCACACAGCGAGCUGCAGGAAAUAUACAUUUAGCAAUAAGGUUGUCACUGUCCCGUACGAGACGAUGUUUCUUUUUGCGCUCUGCCUAUGCCUCGGGAAGUUGGUGUCGUCCGGUGUCAGUUUGGAGUUCCGUUAUCACAACACCGUGGAGGUGGAGAGAUACCUGCGGGACGUUAACAACACCUUCGACUUCACACACCUGCACAGUAUUGGAAAAUCUGUCGAAGGGAGAGACCUCUGGGUGCUCAUUCUGGGAAAGAAUCCGGCGGAGCACCAGAUGGGAAUUCCUGAAUUCAAAUAUGUUGGGAACAUGCAUGGAAACGAGGUGGCGGGCAGAGUUCUCCUGCUCCAGCUGAUCGAUCACCUGACCCGUGGUUACCUUAGCGACCCGCUGGUGACCCGCCUCCUGAACAGCACCCGCGUCCACAUCCUGGUUUCUAUGAACCCAGAUGGCUUCGAGUCCUCCAGCAGAGACUGCAUGUACUCCCAGGGGAGGUUCAAUAAGAACGGCAUCGAUCUGAACAGGAACUUCCCAGAUGCCUUCUCUAAGAAGGAGAGUGGAAUGAGAGAGAUGGAGGUGAGAGCCAUUAUGGACUGGCUGAAGACUGAGAGCUUCGUCCUGUCGGCCAACCUGCACGGUGGGGCUGUGGUGGCCAGCUACCCCUACGACAACAGCAACGGAGGUAGUGAGCUGCAGAGUGGAUCCAGUGUUGCCCCUGACAACGACGUGUUGAUCCAGCUGGCUAAGACCUACUCCUACACCCACAGCGAGAUGCACAAGGGAGACCACUGUUACGACUCCAAGGACUUUAAGGAGGGCGUCACCAACGGUUACUACUGGUACCCUCUACCAGGAGGGAUGCAGGACUAUAACUAUGUGUGGGGCCAGUGUCUAGAGAUCACCUUGGAGCUGUCCUGCUGUAAAUUCCCUCCAGAGAGUGAUCUGCCUGGGCUCUGGGACGCCAACCGGGCCGCGCUGCUGGCAUACAUGCAACAGGUCCAUCUGGGUGUGAAAGGGCAGGUGUUGGACACAGAGGGAAACCCAUUACAGAAUGCUCUGGUGGAGGUGGAGGGGAGACAGAACCUCUGUCCCUUCAGAACGGACCGCCAUGGAGAGUACUACAGACUGCUGCUGCCAGGCAACUACACCUUUACGGUGACGUUCCCGGGCCACCAGGUGUUGAUGGAGACGUUGGCGGUCCCGUACGGUCCCGACUCAUUCUCGGCCCUCGUCCACAACUUCCAGCUGCAGAGGUCCGCAACCACCACCCCUGGCCCCAGCCACCCCACCCAGUCCUGCACCCCACCCCAGGUCUGGAGGCCCCUGGGUGGCCACUCUCACAGCCUGGGCCCCUCGGGUGUCACCACCCUCCUGGUUCUCCAGGUUCUCUGGAAUACCAUGUUACUGUGACCGAGAGAUGGGUCUCAAAUGGAACCUCAUUUCCUGUAUAGUGUAGGGCUCUGGUCGAAAAUAGUGCACUAUAUAGGGGAUAGGAUGCCAUUUGGGACGUAUCCAUGGAGACGGACAGACAGACUGAUUGAGAUGGAAUCUCCCAGUCCAGAGACAUUGUCUUUUUUUCAGUAUUUUUGUACAAACAAAAAAAUCCUAUAUAUAUUUUCUUGUAACACUUUGCAUUGCUCUACCUUGCACAAACACGUGAGCCAUUUUGUGUUUUUUUUUUAUUGUAUGUUUUGUAUUGAUGCUUUUAGUUUUUUUUAAAUAUUGUGCUGAAAGAAAGCAAUACUGCCAGCCAGCAAUCUGCCAUGCCAAGAUAAGAAGAAGAGACAAAAGACAAGGGGUAAGGGAGGGAAGGAAGGUUGUUGAGGACAAGGGAUAGAGGGAGGGGUGUUGAGAAGGACAAGGGGUAAGGAAGGGAUGGAGGGAGGGGUGUUGAGAAGGUCUAGAAGUGCCUCUAAGAACGCCUACCCGUCAACGUGAUACCUGGAAUCACACCUCCACCUGCAAACGUGACAAGACUUGCUUUUAGACAGAGACUACCUGCCUGAGCUCACUGCACAGCACAGAGAACAGGGAACACACAGCAGAUAACAAACACUAUGUUCCUAGGUAACAAAAAGAACAUCAAUUAAAACACAGCCACGGCCAUCCUCUUUCCAGACCGUGGACUGUAUCACAAUACCUGUACUAGUGGACUGUAUCACAAUACCUGUACUAGUGGACUGUAGACUGUAUCACAAUACCUGUACUGGUGGACUGUAUCACAAUACCUGUACUAGUGGACUGUAGACUGUAUCACAAUACCUGUACUAGUGGACUGUAUCACAAUACCUGUACUAGUGGACUGUAGACUGUAUCACAAUACCUAUACUAGUGGACUGUAGACUGUAUCACAAUACCUGUACUAGUGGACUGUAUCACAAUACCUGUACUAGUGGACUGUAGACUGUAUCACAAUACCUAUACUAGUGGACUGUAUCACAAUACCUGUACUAGUGGACUGUAGACUGUAUCACAAUACCUGUACUAUUGGACGGUAGACUGUAUCACAAUACCUGUACUAGUGGACUGUAUCACAAUACCUGUACUAGUGGACUGUAGACUGUAUCACUAUAGUUAUUGUCAAAAACAGAACCUUCCUGAAGCAUUAUGAUGAAUGGUAGACCCAUAAAUGGCACCCUAUUCCCUACCUAGUGCACUACCUUUGCCCAAAGCCCUAUAGACCCUGGUUAAAAAAGUAGUGCACUAUAUAGGGAAUAGAUUGGGUGCCAUUUGGGACAGAGACAAUAUUGUCCAUAGAUGCCUCUCAUGUUGUUCUACCUCAUUUAACAACUGACCUUUGACCUUUCAGCUGACAAUGAUUGUUGUGCCUUGAUGAUUAAAUCUGUCUCAAUUUAUGUUUUAGGAUCAGUCUUUUUUUCCACGUCUGUGGUUCCAUUGUUCAUGUGUGGGCUAUGUCUUAAGGUGUUAUGUCAAAGUUAACCAAUAUAAUGUAGCGAUUAAGGUGUUGGCUUGACAUUUGCUGUACAGGUAUUGUACACCUUCAAUAUAUGUAGCUUAAAUCAUGACACUACACAUUAACCUUGCUUGAGAGGUGAUGAUGGGUAGUGGAUGGAGGAAGAUUGCUUUUUACCAGCAGAUGGAAUCCUGUCUCCACUAUGACUAAAGAUCUGCAAGUCAGGGAUAGGUCUACUGUAGUCAGUCACCUGGGCACCCAGCCAGACCCACACCACCAUAACCCAGACCUGUAAUUUUAUUUAUUUAUUCAUUUAUUCAGGGAAAACCAAUGAGACCAGGGUCACAUCCCCCAGGGUGCCCUGGUUUACAGUACUACAACAAUCAAAAACGAUGUGAAACCAAACAGCAAUCAAUACAAUGUCAAAUAAAAUGUAAAUACAG